AUGGGAGCUUCUUUAAAGGGUGCUCAAGCAUACAAUACACCAUUGAUUCUUUUUGGCAUUCUAUGUGGUGGAAGUGGUUCAAAAAAGAGUGCACCUAUACGAAUUGUAAAAGAAGCUUGUGAAGCUGUAGAAGCACUAGAUGGUAUUCCUGUAAAUAAAUCAUCAAUUAAUGCGUCAGUGAAUAUGGAAUCUUUAUGCUGUGAAUUAGAAAAACAACCGAAUUUAUUACAAGCAAUGUUUCUUGGUAUUUUUAGAAGUACACGCAUUGAUCAAGCUGCAUAUGAUCGUGGUUUGAUGUGUGAAUUUUAUAGUCCAACUGGCAUUGUACGUCGACAAUUGGUUACUAGACAUAAUGUGAUGAUUAAACCGCGUUUAAAUAUAAUAGCUGCUGGUCAUCCAAAACGAACAAUUGAAUGUUUAUCAGGCACUAAAUCAUACGGCAGUAAAUCCUGUAAUCCAGAUAAGGAUAAAACAAAUGAAAAUGAAAUUUGUUUAAAAUUUGUCAAUGAUCAUUUAUAUGCACUGCAACAUCAAUUAAAACAAUAUCAACAAGAAUUGAAUAUUAAAGCAAAUAAUUUUCAAGGUUAUACAUUGUCAAUUCAAGAAAUAAUUAUAACAUAUAUUGAACAAAAUCUUAAUUCUUCGUUAAGUAAGAAAAUAGAGCAUCAAGUAGAACUGAUUCAUUAUGAUUAUCAUAUUCAAGCAUUGAAAUUAGAAUAUUUUCAACAUAAACCAAAUGAAUAUUAA